GGGCUGGAGUGAUGAAGGAUCGAGGCCCAGUACCGUGCUGAGGGAUCUAAGAAAGACGGAUGCAGCUGUCGUUGGGAAAAGCGCUUAGAGCCUUGUUAAACUUUCCUUCAGUUUCCCUACUUUGCUCCUGAGGAGCCGGGAGAGUCACUUAAGCUCUCUGGACAUAAACCGCAAUCUUUGUGGGCCUCCGUUUCCCUGACCUUUGCACUGCAGCUGUAAUUAAAGGAUGCUGCCUCCUCACACUAUCAUUGAAGAGCCAAACCUUAGAUGCAGAAACAGAUGUGUUAUGUGCGGUCCUUUACAGCAAUCACAACAGAAUGGGCCAUCACAAGCCCCAUUUGGCCCUGAAACAGGUUGAACAAUGUUUAAAACGUUUGAAAAAUAUGAAUUUGGAGGGCUCAAUUCAAGAUCUGUCUGAGUUGUUUUCUCCCAAUGAAAAUCAGCCUGUAACGACUCAAGAGUGUGUCAUCCCCAGUCAACCAGUGGUGGAAAUGGUGUUGAUGAAGAUUUUGGGAGCCUGCAAAUUGUUACUCCGCUUAUUGGACUGUUGCUGCAAGGCUUUUCUCUUGACUGUGAAACAUCUUGGUUUGCAAGAAUUCAUUAUUUUAAACCUUGUGAUGGUUGGACUGGUGAGCAGGUUAUGGGUUUUCCAUAAAGAUAUUUUAAAAAGGUUAAUUGCGUUAUAUGAACCAUUAUUUGGAUUGCUGCAAGAGGUCUCCAGGAUUCAACCAAUGCCUUACUUCAAAGAUUUUACCUUUCCUUCUGAUAUUGCUGAAUUUCUAGGACAGCCCUAUUUUGAGGUCUUUAAGGAAAAAAUGCCUACAGCUUUUGUGACUAAAGGAGUAACUAGAUUGCUAAAUAAACUGUUUUUAACAAAAGAGCAAACAUCGAGGUCUGGUGAGGAAACCUCACUUAAAAAGGCGCAGCAAAUGCAGAUCAAUAUACAGAAUAAUGUGGAUCUUGGACAGCCAAUAAAGAAAAAGAAAGUCUUGAGAGAAAAGUCGGCAGAGUUUGAUGUGAGGGCUUUCUGCAAACAGCUGAGACAUAAAGCUACUCAGGAGGCCAACCUUGCGUUUAAGUGUUCUCAAGCCAAAAUAAAGGCAACCAGACAUUCUUCUCAGAAAGUGAUAGAAACUCCUUUUGCCAAAAAUUUUGUGCAAAGAUUCCGAGAGGCUGAAACUUUCGUACAACUUUCUGAAGAAAUCCAAAAGGCAAUUGUAUGGUGCAGGAACAAAAAACUGAAGGCUCAGGCCACCUUUCUGAGGAGCAAACUUCUUAAAAGUAAUCGGCUUAAACAUGUGGAAGCUCAAGGUUAUAGUUUGCCAAAGAAAUUAGAGUGCACAAAAACAUCUAUUUGCAACUGCCUUCUUCGUGGCUCAGGUAACAAAACUUCAAAGCAUCAUUUGAGACAAAGAAGAGCACAAAAUAAAUUUUUAUUGAGACAAAGGAAACCACAUGGAAAGUUGCAGUCGACGCUUUUAAAGGAAAUUCAGCAGUUCCCUCCAGCAAAUGACAAGAGUCCUACAGAUCGCAGUGCUAAACGAAGACUCUUACACCCUGCAGUUCAUGGAACUGCUCUCUAUCUUAAUUGCAAGCACCUCUUGGGUGGCAAAGCUUCAAACCCUGCUAUACAAACUAAGGAGAAACAAAAGCAGGAACAUCUUACAGGAAGCAAUGGAAAUGAAACUGGUUCAUGGACAGUGACCCAAGUAAACAAACAUAAUACAUUAGGAACCAUUAAGAAGACAGAUGACAUUGAUGACAUUUUUGCUUUAAUGGGAGUUUAGAUGCUCACAUGUGAGACUUAAGUGGUUAACAAGCUGAUCCAUUGUUCUACUGUUUUAAGUGGAACUACUGACCUCUGAAAGUAUCCCUUGGACUCUGAGAGGAGCUGCUGUAGUGCGGUAUUGCACAGGAGUUCAUUUCAAUUCAAUAAACAUUUUAUAGUA